AUGGACAGGAAGGCUAUCGCCGACAAAAUUAGGAAGCUACAGGCGAAUGCAGAAAAUGUCCAGCUUGGUGGCAAGGGUACGCCUCGAAGAAAGAAGAAGAUUGUUUUCAAAACUGCUGCAGCUGACGACAAAAAAGUGCAGAGUAACCUGAAGAAACUUUCGGUGACGAACAUUCCUGGUAUUGAAGAGGUUAAUAUGAUCAAAGACGACGGAACAGUCAUUCACUUUAAUAAUCCGAAAGUUCAAGCUUCUGUUCCGGCAAAUACCUUCUCGAUUACUGGAGCUGGAGAAAAUAAACAGAUCACUGAUAUGCUACCUGGUAUACUUAACCAACUUGGACCCGAGUCGCUUACUCAUUUAAAGAAAUUGGCUAAUAAUGUUACAAGUCAGUUCAAGCCUGCACCCGCUGACGAUGAUGUUCCAGAUCUCGUAGGAGACUUUGAUGAAGCUUCCAAGAACGAGGCUAAGGCUGAAGAACAGAAGGCUUAA